UCGAUGUUUGGAGGGUGUGUGUUUGAGGUUAAAGUGUUGACAGUAUAGAAGGUUGCAGACAGAAGAAUUUAAUACAUAAGCCAAAACUGCCCUGAGCACUGAUGUCUAGCGUAUUCGAUAUUAAUGCUACAAGUGACAGACUUGUACCUGCCAGUACAAUGGAAACAAAAUUUGUUUUCACAUAUCCUUCCUGGACGAUUAAGUUCGAUUACAAGCUUGAAGUGCCAAUUUAUGUCCCAUUUUCGGGGACUGCUGAAGAACUCGGCGAACGAUUAAUGGCAUUCUUCAACUUGCCAAGUAAUGCUGAGGAAGAUCUGACUGCAGCCCUCAAAAUGUUUCUGGAAGAGAAAACACAGAUGUUUUUUGAUAAAAUGGGAGAUAAAGUUGUUACAGUGGCGAAAGAAGGUGACACAGAUGUUGAAGAUGUAAUUAAGACAUGGGAGAAAUCUUUCAAAACAGAGACUGUGGAAUAUUCUGAGCCUGAAGGAGCAACAGAUGAAGAACUGUUUUCUGCUGUCUAUCACAAAUUAGUUCAUUCUCCAGCAUUGGAGCCGAUUUUGCAAGUAGAACAUUCCUAUGCACUUGCUGUUCAUGAACUUACUCUUCAGAGGGAAGAACAAGUUGAAGGUCUAACAACAAUGCAAACAGAAGAAAUGGCUCAGGCUAUAGAAGGAGUUCCUUUUCCAAAUACAGAACAUCAAAUAAAUGAAAUGGCAGCUUCACAUUUUGAAGAGCAGAACCUGUUGCAAGGCAAAUGGAAUAGUGAAAUCGACACACUUAAGGAAGAUCAAAGGAAAGAAUAUCGGGACUGGCUUAUGAAGAUGUUGGAGGACAAUCAAACAAAUGUGAAUGCUCCAAGCAUUGUAAAUACUCCACGCACAUUCAACAAAGGUGCUCAUGAAGAUAAGCUGCCUAUGCCAAGACUAGAGGAAAGUUUCACCAUACACUUAGGCUCGCAGAUGAAACAGAUGCACAAUAUAAGAAUUUUAUCCGCUGAUGUGCUGGAUUUUUGUCGGGUGAAGCUUCAGAGUUCAGGAAAUCUUGAUCCUCAGCCACAGCGCUUGCAGACUGCUCUAGCCCUUUAUUCCAGUGACUUAUGUGGAUUAGUUGUACUGACAGAUAGCCAUAUUGGAGCGUUCACAGGAUUAACUAAAGAGCUCACUGGGGUCUGCCAGCAGUCAACAGAUUUCCAUUUUCCAUCAGUGGAAGAGCAGCUCGAGAAAAUAAAGGAAGAAGUUAAAGAAGUUGUAUCUUGGCGUAAUGCACAUUGGAGUCAUGAUCACUUAGGGACACUAACAUCUACAGAACAGAUGUCUCGAAGGUUGGGGACAAAGAAUCUACAAACUGGUGAUGUGUACUUGACAAGACAUUCAAAUUUAGCUGAAGUCCAUGUUGUUUUCCAUAUGGUGGUAGACGAUUCCUUGAGAUCAAGUGACAUUAAUUCAAGACACCCUGUGAUUCUGGGGCUCCGGAAUAUAUUGAAAACAGCAUGUUCUAAUGAUAUAACUACACUUACUAUUCCAGUUCUUCUCAUGCAUGAGAUGACAGAGGAAAUGACAGUUGCAUGGUGUACAAAAAGAGCAGAGCUAGUGUUCAAAUGUGUGAAGGGGUUUAUGAUAGAAAUGGCAUCCUGGGGAGGCUCCGAACUGAAAAAUUUACAGUUUCUAGUACCAAAGGGUAUUUCAGAAGAAGUAUUUGGAACUCUGGCAACUAUGUUACCAAGCAUAUUUAGGGUUUCGAAUCCUCUGGUCUUCAAAGUAUCUUCAACACCCCACACACCAAAGAGCUCAUGACAAGUAGCAAAUGGAGAGAACUACACCAAUGACAGAAUAUUUAUACAAAGCAAAACUUGUUUGAGGUGGUGCCAUAAAGUCACUGCUUCACUAUCUGUGCACAUAGCAUUACUGUUCAUGUUGAAUGUGGUGGUAUGUGGAGAAAUGUUGAUAAUGUGGAAAUCAUGUAUUUACUAAAUUCAAAGGAAAAAUAUCUAUGUAAUGGUAUUUCAGAUUUUGUGCCUUGUACAUGUACAUACAGCAUCAUUGAAAGAUACUAAAGGUGAACACCAAAUAUUUGAAUAGUGAUCGUUAAAUAUGUUGUACUCUUAAAAGUGGAUAUUACACUUAAUUGAAAACAAAAAAUAAUAGGAAUCUGAGAUCUGCUUUACACCUAAAAAGCCUUACUUAGAGAUUCUUUUGUAUUAAUAUCUCUCUCUCUCUCUCUCUCUCUCUCUCUCUCUCUCUCUCUCUCUCUCUC